AUUAUUUUUUAAUAUAUAAUUUAUUUAAAUAUUAAGAUAUAUAAAUGUAUUAUUAAUAAUAUUUUUUUUAUUUUAGAGUAAAUUAAAAUAAUUUAAAAAAAUAAAAAAAAUAAAAAAAAUAAAAUAUAAAAUAAAGAUAAAAUAAAAUAAAAUAUAAAUAAAAAAAAUAAAAAUAGUAUAAAUUAUAAAUGGAACAAUUUUCAAUGUCAUCAUCAUCUGAUGAGGCAUCUUCAUCUGAAUAUUCUUUAGAAUAUUAUAUGGAUACAUCAUGGAUUUUGGAUGCUGCAAAUUUGGUUUUUUUUAUGCAAGCAGGAUUUGGUAUGUUGGAAGCAGGUAUGGUUAGAGCAAAAAAUACAAAAAGUAUAUUAUUAAAGAAUGUUAUAAAUACAGCAAUUUGCGCGAUAUCGUAUUAUUGUUUGGGGCAUUCGUUUGCGUUUGGUAAAGCGAAUCCGAAUUCAUUUAUGGGAUUUGGUAAUUAUUUUUUAAUGGAUUAUAACCAUUAUGCAUAUUGGAUGAUACAGUGGGCUUAUGCAGCAACAGCAACAACAAUAGCAACAGGUGCGAUGGCGGAAAGAUUACAAUUACAUUGCUAUAUAUUGUUUACAUUAGUACAAACUGUAUUAAUCUAUCCAUUUGUAGCACAUUGGAUAUGGAGUCAAAAUGGAUGGUUAUUUGAUUUAGGUAUUGUAGAUUUUGCAGGUGGUGCUGUAAUUCACAUUGUCGCUGGUAUAACAGGUGCUUGUGGCAGCUUUUUAUUAGGUCCCAGAAUAGGAAGAUUUAAUCAGGAUAGUGGUAAACCGAAAAACUUACCUGGCCAUUCAGUUGUACUCAUGAGUUUGGGUGCUAUGAUACUGUGGUAUUCUUGGUAUGGUUAUACGGCGGGUGCCUCUAUGGGAAUGACAAAGAAUAGGGUUAUCCCUGCUUCAAGAGUUAGUGUUGUAGUAACAUUAUCCGCAGCAACUGGUCUAGUAACUGUAUUGGCAAUUGGUAAAAUUUGUAAAGGACAUUACGAUUUAGUUAAAGGAAUUAAUGGUUUAAUUGCAGGUUUAGUAUCAUCAACCUCAUCAUGUGCAUAUAUUGAGCCUUGGGCUGCAAUUGUCAUUGGUUUUAUUGGAGGUAUUGUUUAUUAUGCAUCAUCAUGGGCAUUAUUAAACUGGUUAAGAUUGGAUGACCCAGUAGACUCAACUGCGAUUCAUCUUUUUGGAGGGUGUUGGAGUCUAAUUAGUGUUGCAUUUUUUGCAACUCAUGGUAGAGUUCGUAAUCCUGAAAUCACUUUACCAGGUGGCAUUUUUUAUGGUGGUGGAAUAAGUUUAUUAUGGGUCCAAUUAGUAGGCAUGGUUUUAGCAAUACUGUGGGCGGGAUUUUUAUCUGCAAUUUUCUUUUUUACAAUGGAUUAUUUUGGAAAACUUAGAGUUGAUGUAGAUACAGAAUUAGCAGGUUUGGAUAAUAGUAAUGACGGUAGUAGAGCCUAUACUUUUGAUUAAUAAUAAUGUUUAAUAUUUUAAAAAAAAAAUUGUAUAUAUAAUAAUCAUAAAAAACAGUAGUAACAAUAAUAAUAAUUUAUAAAAUAUGGUAAUACUUUUAUAUAUUUACCAUAAUAUUUUCACUAUAAUUUUUCAAAUUUGUUUAAUUUUUAAAUAUUUUAAAUAAAUAAUCAACUUUUUGUAAAACUAA